UCGAGGGUGGGCGGGGCGGGAGGGAUUCGAUCAUGGAUCCGACUGUGGAAGUGGUGGCGUCGAUUCUGGGCUUCCUCGGCUGGGUGAUGGUCGGGGUGGCGCUGCCCAACCGCUACUGGAAGACGUCCACGGUGGACGGCAACGUCAUCACCACGUCCACCAUCUACGAGAACCUCUGGAUGUCCUGCGCCACCGACUCCACCGGCAUCCACAACUGUCGGGAAUUCCCGUCCCUGCUCGCUUUGAACGGUUACAUCCAGGCGUCCCGCGCCCUCAUGAUCACGUCCGUGGUGAUGGGCGCCUUCGGCCUGAUGGCGGCGCUGGUGGGCGUGCAGUGCUCCAGGCAGGGCGGCGACAACUACGUGCUCAAGGGUCGGAUCGCGGGCUGCGCCGGCGUGCUUUUCGUCCUGCAAGGUUUAUGCACAAUGGUGGCAGUGUCCUGGUACGCCUUCAACAUCACCCAGGAAUUCUUCGACCCGUUCUACCCCGGUAUAAGGUACGAAAUCGGCGAGGGGCUCUACAUCGGGUGGUGCUCGGCCGUGCUCGCCAUCGCCGGCGGGGCCUGUCUCGUGUGCUCCUGCAGGACGGGCUCGCAGGAGAAGUUUUCUUUGCCUCAUCAAAGCAGGGGUACGGUUUAUUCUGGACCGGCCCGGACCAGAAGCGUGGCUGCCAGCACGUAUGGCCGAAAUGCAUACGUUUGAAUGGAAUCUUUCUUUUUAUACUCAUCAAAUGAUUACAUUUUCUAGUGGAAUAGACUCAUUGUUUUGUUAUAUUUUGUACUCGAUGUUCCGCAAUGUUAUUUAUGUCCAGUAUUCACAUGUGUAAAUCUAUUCAUUUGAUUCUCGAGUCAUGUGUUUUUUGUACAUUUCUUUUUACAAUUACGCACAAUAAACAUACUGUGCAUGUUGAA